AUGUCUCUGCAAGCUCUCCACAAGGAUCUUCUUAAGAAAUGGAGCGAGAAAGAGCCGAAAAUCGACCAACUCGAGGCGGCUCUUCAAGCCAUCAAGAAAGUGCUCUCCGAAACCGACUCCGAGUCUGCAGAAGCACUCACGACAAUCACCCGUGAUGUUUUGGAGAUUGACGCUCUUGUUGCGGCCAUCAAAGGAGAUCUUCAAGCAUUCAGCGUUUCGAUCUCGUCGGUCAUGUCGUUUUACUCAACUUUGCGUCAUGAUUCGGCUCAACUCUACUUGCUUCAAGGUCUCAACUUGAUGUACCUUUUGGUUUCGAAUCGCCUUUCCGAUUUUCACGUGUUUUUGGAGCAAAUUGAUCAAAGCAUUCAAACCAACAACCCGUACAUCUCGACUCCCGUCAAAUUGGAACAAUGGUUGAUGGAGGGAGCCUACAACAAGAUUGUUCUGACCGAAAAGAAUAUCCCGAGUCCAUACUACACAUCGUUUAUUCGAAUCAUGAUGGACACGGUUCGCGGAGAAAUAGCCUUGAAUCUAGAACGUUCUUUCAAGCGUUUACCAGUUCGUGAUGCUCAGCAGCUCCUCCUCCUAGAUGAUCAACCUCGACUCACACAAUUUGCAAACGAGCGCAAGUGGAAAUUGGAAGGUUCGGCAUACGUCUUCGACAACGAAGAAAAGAUGGAGACGAACGAGGCACCCAAAAGCUCUCUGGAUACUCAACGGAUCGCUCGACAAACGAUCUAUUAUGCCAAGCAACUUGAAAUGAUUGUU